CCCCACACCCCCCUCUGAGGCAAAGCAGAAAUCAGAUGCUCCAUGAUUAAUCGUGGGGCGUUUGGGACAGGACCACAAGCGCUGUGCGGACUUGAAACUCGCUGCCUUUUCCCAGUCCCCUUGCCAAGAUGGGAGUGGGGGGUGGGCUGUGAAGGGGUGGGGGCCCCGCCUGCUGGGGGCCAGCAUGGAAUUCUCCCUGGCGGAGCUGAGAGUGACACUGACAGGCAAUCGGCUGCGCCCAGAGCAGCAGGCAGCAUCCGGGGAAGCGGGGCCCGCUGGGGGCGCCCCAGGCUGGCUUCCUGGAACCCAGGCUCCACGGCGGGCUGCCGGCACCCUGACCCAGGCCAGAUAAGAGCCCAGCUGCACUAUCGGGGCCCCCAGUGCGCCAUCCCCAAGACACCACAGAGACGGCAGGGGUGGCAGCGGGCUCCUGGGGGCGACCGCUGGGGUGGCCCCUCUGGACCGGCUUAAGCCGCAGCCCUGGCUCAUCUCCUCAUGUUCUGCGGUGGCUGCAAGCCCACACUUGCUUCAGCGAACAGCCAGGCUGCUUCCAGGAGGAUUUCGUGACAGGGUCCUAGAAGUCCAGACCUGCUGAUGGAACUUUAGGAGCCAGGUGGGCCCUUUCCAGCUCUCCCAAGCCAGCAAGCACGAGAGGAAAAUACUUCUCCUUUCCAAGUUCCACCUCCCCUACUGUCCAGUCCAAGGAGGAGGCCCAGGUGACAGCCAUGUCGGUGAGGGUGCGGUUCCUGUCCUCCGGGGACACGGGGGCCGUGGGCGUCGUGGGCCGGAGCGCCUCCUUUGCAGGCUUCAGCAGCGCACAGAGCCGCAGGAUUGCAAAGUCCAUCCAGAGGAACUCAGUGAGGCCCCGAGUACCUGCGAAGCCCUCCAAGAUGUAUGGCACGCUGCGGAAGGGGUCUGUUUGCCUGGACUCCAAGACGGAGCAAGUGAAGAAGGUCUUCGAAGCUCUGAAGAGAGGCCUCAAGGAGUACCUGUACGUCCAGCAGGCCGAGCUGGAUUACCUGUCAGGACGCCACAAGGACACCCACAGGAAUUCCAGGCUGGCUUUCUAUUACGACCUGGACAAGCAAACGCGCUGCGUGGAAAGGCACAUUCGGAAGAUGGAAUUUCAUAUCAGCAAGGUGGACGAACUCUACGAGGGCUACUGCAUCCAGUGCCGCCUGCGAGACGGCGCCUCCAACAUGCAGCGUGCCUUCUCCAGGUGCCCCCCAAGCCGCGCCUCCCGCGAGAGCCUGCAGGAGCUGGGCCGCAGCCUGCAGGAGUGCACCGAGGACAUGUGGCUCCUGGAGGGGGCGCUGGAGGCCCACUUGGGCGAGUUCCACGUCAGGAUGAAAGGCUUGGUGGGCUACGCACGCCUCUGUCCAGGAGACCAGUAUGAGGUGCUCCUGCGCCUGGGCCGCCAGCGCUGGAGGCUGAAGGGGCGGAUCGAGUCUGAUGACAGCCAGACCUGGGAUGAGGAGGAGAAGGCCUUCAUCCCUGUGCUGCAUGAGAACUUGGAGAUCAAGGUGACCGAACUGCGUGGCCUGAGCUCACUGGCUGUGGGCACAGUGACCUGUGACAUCACCGACUUCUUCACCACCCGGCCGCAGGUCAUCGUGGUGGACAUCACAGAGCUGGGCACCAUCAAGCUGCAGCUGGAGGUGCUGUGGAACCCACUUGAUACCGAGAGCUUCUUGGUGUCGCCCAGCCCCACGGUCAAGUUCUCCGUGGGCAGCAGGAAGGGCUCCUUGUACAACUGGACGCCCCCGAGCACCCCCAGCUUCCGGGAGCGGUACUACCUGUCUGUCCUGCAGCAGCCGGUGCAGCAGGCCUUGCUGCUGGGCAGUCCAAGAGCCACCUCCAUCCUCAGCUACCUGUCUGACAGCGACCUUCGGGGCCCCAGCCUGUGUAGCCAGAGUCAGGAGCUGCCUGAGAUGGACUCCUUCAGCUCUGAGGACCCCCGAGAUACUGAGACCAGCACAUCAGCAUCCACCUCGGAUGUGGGGUUCCUGCCCUUGGCCAUUGGCCCUAGCGCCUCCAUUGAAGAGGCUCAGGAGGACCCUCCAUCCUUGGGCCUCCUGACAGACAUGGCCCACCUGGCAGGAGGCUCAUUUGUGGAGCGGCCUGGCUGGCGGAAUUUGGGAGUAGAGAGCCCUAACCUGCCACGGGGCUCCCCACUCCACAGCCAUAUGAUGCCGGGCAGCCAGAACGACCAUGAUGAAGAAACUGGGGACGGAGUGGAAGGGCCUGGGGUGAGCCUUGAGAGGCCCCUGCAGGAGGUGCUGGACUUACUGAGGUGCACAGGCCCCUCCCAGCCCCGGCUCCGGGAGCUGGAGUACCAGGUCCUCAGCUUCAGGGACCGACUGAAGCCCCGCGGAGGCCGCCGGGAGCACAGCUCGGCUGAGAGCCUGAUGGAGUGCAUCCUGGAGAGCUUCGCAUUCCUCAACGCAGACUUCGCCCCCCAUGAGCUGUCCCUCUUUGGGGGCCCCCAGGGUCCCCGAAAGGACAGGACCCUGCCCCCACCACCAUCACUGAAAGAGUCACCCAGGGAGCUCACAGCUGGCACCCCCGAGCUGGACAUGCUGCUCACAGUCCACCUCCAAGUCUGCAAGGCUCUGCUGCAGAAAUUGGCCUGUCCCGGUUUGUCGGAGGUCGUUCAGGAGCGCCUUCUGGAAGAAGCUACACAGCAAAAGCAGGUUCUGGAGACUCUUUCUGUGCUGGAUUUUGAGAAGGUCAGCAAGGCGACGUCCAUUGAAGAGAUCCUUCCGCAGGCCGCUCGCAGGAAGGGCUGUCUGAGGCUGUGGAGAGGGUGCACCGCACCCGGCGGGGUCCUGGCCUGCCCCGCCGCCUCGCUCCUGAACCAGCUCAAGAAAACGUUCCUGCACCGAGUCAGGGGGAAGUUCCCGGGACAACUGGAAAUAGUGUGCCGCAGGCUCCUGGAGCAGGUGGUCAGCUGCAGCGGGCUGCUCCCCAGAGCAGGCCUCCCCGAAGAACAGACUGUCACCUGGUUCCAGUUUCACAGCUACCUGCAGAGGCAGAGUGUCUCGGACCUGGAGAAGCACUUUGCCCAGCUCACCAAGGAAGUUACGCUGGUGGAGGAGCUGCAGUGCACGGGGCAGGCUAAGACGGUCAGGAAGCUGCAGGGGAAGCGGCUGGGCCAGCUGCAGCCCCUGCCCCAGACGCUGAGGGCCUGGGCGCUGCUCCAGCUGGACGGGACUCCGCGGGUGUGCAGGGCGGCCAGUGCCGCCCUGGCUAGUGCGGCCAAGAACAAGAGCUUUCGAGAGAAGGCUUUGCUUUUCUACACCAACGCCCUGACCGAGGAUGACUCGAAACUCCAGCAAGCUGCGUGUGUGGCGCUCAGACAUCUCAGGGGCAUCGAGAGCAUCGACCAGAUUGCCAGCCUGUGCCAGUCGGACCUGGAGGCGGUGCGAGCGGCAGCCCGGGAAGCCACACUGUCGUUCGGUGAAAAAGGACGCUUGGCUUUUGAGAAGAUGGACCGACUUUACUCAGAACAAAGAGAAGCAGCCUUUGGCCAGGAGGCGGAUGUGGAAAUCACAGUGUUUUAAAGAGCCUCCGCUGAUGAACUCACUCCUGGCAUCUUUGUUUUUGCUGCUGCCCAGUCUCGACACACAGGGACUGAACUGUGGAUGGGGGGGCACAUGGUGUGAGGCCCCGAAGGGUAAGCUGUCCAGAGCUGCUCCGAGUUGGCUACAAGGCCCCAGGACGCAAGCGGGGCUUUGGUGUCCGACAGCUGACCUGCUUCUACUAAACUGUCAGCUUCUGGCUUUGUGAACCUGUCUUACCCAGGACGCAGCGCCAGCCACACUACAAAGGAGUCAGGGCCUGGCAGGUCGAGGCCCAGAAUGAAAGGCUCCAAGGUGAGUGUGAACUUGUCUCCUUGCACAUCAGCCGGCUCAGCUCUUGUGGCUCAACCGAGACGGGCUGGGGAGGCCUGCGGGCCUGUGAGCUUGCUAAGGGACCAGUGAUGUAAAGGAGUCAUUUCCAAGGCAGCAGCUGUCACCUAGGGGACCUGGGGAUGGUGGGAAGGCACACAGCCAGGCCUUCCAUGGUGCAACUCUUGACCCGAGCUACGGCCCCAAUGCCUGCUGCCCGGGGACUUAAUUUCCAGCACGUUCGCCAGUGAAAGGACAGCAGCAGCCUUGUGUCGUGUCAGGAAAAGCAUUCCAUUCGACCUCACGACACCAACCCGAAACUCAACUUUGGAGGCACAUAAGCUUAGGGCCUGUUAUGCAAAUCGCUCCAGAACCCCGUGUGAAGAUUUCACUGAGCAGGCUGCUUUAAAGGAAGAAAAUCAGUGUCCUAUUUAAGUCUAUUAAAGACUCGUGGGCGUCCUGAGCUGUCUGUGUUCAGGACGCUGGCUUUUGGGUGUACCUGUCAACAGCGGCCUCGAGGACUCUGUAACUUAAACGUUCCCAUUUACACUCCCUGUAUAUAUCUUGGGCUUUUCGACUUAAUUUAGUAUUUAUUUGCCUUGUGUCUAUGUUCAACUUUCUGAAAAUUUCAAUAAAAAAAAAACCAAUAAUUUUUAUUGGUGUUUCACUCCACCUGAAAAAAAGUAAAUAGUGGUUGUUUCCCCAAACACCCUGCUGGGGGGGAAAGCCACCCCUACUACCCCUCAGCGCGCCCCCCAGAAGCGGUUCUCCCACAGAAGUAGGCAUGAGGGGGCGCUCCAUGUGCCCUCUCCUCUCAGUCACCAUGGAUGCCUGGGCCCCGUCCGAUUUCUGUUCCAAAGUCGCACAGGAAUGUACUGUUCCCCACACAGGCAGGCACCUCUUCACAAAACCUCAGCUUUUAAAAGCUUCAUAAAAGCUCUUUUUGUACGUGGAAUGAGGACUGAUGUGACAGUGAGCAUGACAACGGCAGCCGAGCCCCCAGCCCUUGGUGCGUGUUGUGCGGUCACAGGAGCGUGGCUGUGUUUGUCCCCAGUCCCGUGGAGCCUGCUGGGGGCCAAAGCACAGUUUACUCAGCAGCAGUCGGAAAACCCUGAAGGGCACAAGGGGAUUCUCUGCGAUCUCUAUGCAACAUUCGACAGGCCUGGAAUUAUUUCAAAACUAGAAGCCAAAAAACCACCUUAGGGGAGAUUUACCCACAGUUUUGUUCAAGAAAGACUGCAUGAAUUUUGUAUUUUAUGAUUUCUGCAUCAAUUCAAUGGCGAAAGGGACGGCACAGAGGCACCGAGAUGCAGGUACGACCGCUGUGUCUCACGGGCUACGGCACACGCCCUUAAGGGCCAAACAGCCCUUCAAACAACGUGUGUAAGUCUGCGAAGUGACCCCAGGGUGUGUCCCAGGGCCCCGUAUACCCUGAAGGUGGGCUCUGUUGUUGAAGGAAGUGGGCUGCGGCCCGAUGUGUUCAGGGAGCCCCCAGUCGGGGGAAGCGCCCCCAGCCCGCAGACCCCCACGGCUCCAGGAGGCCCCUGUGAUUCUUACCCGUGGAAGUGCACCGCCUUGCGUGGCAACACCUGCCUCACAUCAGGAUGGGAAGAAGCAUGCGUUGCUCAUCCUGGUUUAGGCCCGUUGAGCAAAGAAAUGGGAAGCACCCCAAUCCGUGUUCUUUAGAAAAAAUCUUUAUUGUUGCAACUAAAAUGCAAACCCGUCACUUACAUGGCGAGUUGGGAAACUGUGCAGUUUGACAGUUCUGCGAGGUCACAGAAGACCCUGAGAUGCACCCCCCGCCCCACCCGUCAUGCAUCCACUGUACACACACAGGAAAAGGCAUCAUACCAAAACACCUCGCUUUUUUUGUUUUUAUUUUUGUAAAAAUGGUUUAUUCCACGGCCAUUGUAAAAAAUAAUGACCCGCUGAGUAAAUAUUGGCUUAAGGCAUAUAGCAGAGCAGCUUGCUACUUCUCUAACAUACGUGUAACAGGACGGAGCCACCUGCUCCCAGGGAUAGGAGGUUAACCAGUUACCCACUUUGAAACGCUAAUAUACAUACACACCCAAACUACUACGUACAGAUACAGGACUUCGAAAACAAACGGACAAACCCAACUCAAAAAUGCUUACAGCCUGGUGCCUCAGCCGUACCCACACCUCACCGGGGCUCCGCCUCGAGUGCUCCCUCCCCGGAAUCUCGCUACGCGGGCUUCUCACAUGUGAAAGGCAAAAUGUGAAGAUGCUGGCAAAGGGGCAGCUCGUGAGCGACAGCUGCCUUUUUCUUGUUAAAAAGCCACUUAAUGUGGAGGUCGUAAGUCCCCCUCACAGGAAGAGUCGUGAGCACCAUCGGUCCCCAGGGCUCAAGGCAGGG